AACAAGCCCAUGCCUGACUGUUCUUUUCCCAAAUUAAGAGAUUAUGUGGGCAUUUUAGGGUUGUUCUUGGUCUCAGAGGGGGUUUUGACGAAAAAAGAAUUUCAGUUUCUUCAAAGGGUCCGUCUUUUUCUACUCCAGUUUGGUGGGAAAACUGAAGGUCAACAGCAGCAGCAAAACGCUUCCUUUUUCGAUUCAAAUACUCAUUUGCACAUUUGGGUAUUGGAUGAUUUGAAGUAUACUGUAGUUCAAGAAGGGGAAGCGAUUUAGUCAUCAGUAUCUGAUAUUCACAUGCUUUAUAUAUUUUGGUAGUCUCAGUGUUACUGAAUGGCGUACUGAUUGGAGAUUACUAAAGGAACUUUCUAAUCACAUACACAAACUAUGGAGUGCAAUAAAGAUGAGGCCGUUCGGGCAAAAACAAUUGCAGAGCGGAAGUUCGAGCAGAAGGAUUUUGCUGGUGCAAAGAAAUUUGUCUUAAAAGCUCAGGCCUUGUAUCCGGGGCUUGACGGUGUAACCCAGAUGUUAACAACACUUGAUGUCUAUAUCUCUGCCGAAAAUAAAAUAAGCGGGGAAGUGGAUUGGUAUGGGAUACUUGGUGUGGGCCCCUCAGCUGAUGAUGAAACGGUGAGGAAGCAGUACAGGAAGCUAGCUCUCAUCCUCCACCCGGAUAAGAACAAAUCUGUUGGUGCUGAAGGUGCAUUUAAACUUUUGUCUGAGGCCUGGAGCUUGUUAUCUGAUAAAUCCAAGAGGUUGGCAUACAACCAGAGGAGGAGUUCAAGAGGAUUCCAGCAGAAAGCUCCAGUGCACUCAGGUGGUGCAUCAGCACCUCCACGGAAUGGAUUUCAUAAUUUUCCUAGUAGGCCAAAUUCAGGCCCAAAGACUCAUAAAAAUGCUUCUCGAACGUCCUCUUCGUCAGUUAAUUCUUCAUCCAAU